AUGCGGCAAAUGACGACCACUGCGUGCGCAGUGGCGGUUGUCCUGGCAUUGUUGGGCUGCGUGCUUCGUGUGCAUGCUGAUAUGAAUUACCACCCAGUGCGUCUGCACGGUCGUGGAUCGAAUAUGCAAAGCAAGUUUAUUGUACCAUCUAAGGUGAUCGAUGUCUCCUCAAUCAUAGAUAAGAAAGCAAACAAAAAGUGGAUGGAAGGCGAGAAGCAUGGGUCGCCAAAUGUGCCGGAUGGCGCCAUCCUGACAUCGCUGGAUGUUGGCGAUACGGGCACGCAGAUCCCGGCGUACUGGACAUCGAAGCCAGAGAACCACAAAGCUACGCACGCAUUUGUUAUGUUCCAUGGCCGUUUGCGCGAUGGUGAUCGCUACUGGUCUGUGAUGAAUCAUGCGUUAGAAAGCGCGCAGAAAGACAACUUCGAUGGCGUGCCUAAGCAUGCGAUCGUUGUGGCGCCGCAGUUUUACUCUCAUAAGCUCAACCUGGGCCAGUAUAAUGACUCGACGCUAGCAUGGGAUGACGUGAAUUCUUGGCAGUCAGGGAGUGUGGCUGUCCAUCCGCAUGGUACAGCAGUGUCGUCGGUGGAUGCUGUGGAUGCCAUUGUCGAUCAUUUCUCAGACUCGUCCAAAUAUCCGAAGAUGAAGAACCUCACGUUGGUGGGCCAUGGAGGUGGUGGUCAGUUGAUGAACCGUUACGCGACAGUCGGCAAGGAUGCGAGUCGCAAGGGUUUAUAUAUCCGCUACAUUGUGGGUGAUCCCAGUAGCUCUGCAUACUUCACACACCAUCGUCCUCUCAAUGACAAGAGCAUUGCCUCAAUCGAUGACUGUCCAAGCUACAACAAUUGGCGCUAUGGCUUUGACCACUUCCCCGGCACCUUGUCGAGCAACGAACAUCCCCGUGCGUACUAUAAGCGCUACAUCAACCGCGACGUGGUGAAUAUUGUUGGCUACAAAGAUGUAGCGCACAAUGGUGAUCAGAAGUGCAUGGCAUUGCUGCAAGGAGGCCACAAGCGUCGAGACCGAAACCUGAGCUGGUGGCGCUACAUCAACAUGAUUGGUGGCACGAAUGAGAAUCUGCACGGCUUCCCUGGCGAUUUUAGCGAUUUGCCUGACUGGUCAGACGACUCGAAUGGCAUCAUUAUGACGCGUCUGACCGUGGUGCCGGAUGCCUCCCACGAUGCUUCGGCCGUAUUUGGUGGUAAGCAUGGUCGUUCAGCCUUGUUCAGCCGCUACGAUGUUGAGAUGGGCUGGCGUCCUGAUGGAUGGUCAUACCAUGAGCCCAAGGCCAAGUACACCGAGCACUCGAAUUGGUCUAGUUCGUCUGGUUCGUCCGGUUCUUCAGGCUCGUCGAACAUGACCCACUCCAAUGCACAUGUCAGAAAGGACUCAAACAAGGAACAGGGCCCGAAUUCUGCAUCUGACUCUGGUUCCCAGCGUUCGGCUGGCGAUGGCCAGUUCUACGCGCGCAGUAGUGGAUCUCGUCCUCUGUGGAUCAUGCAACUCAUGGGCCCAAUGGUUAUCCUGCUUCCGCUUCUAGUCAUCUUGUAA